UUGAAAAUACAGGAGCAUCUGAAAGCUUUUGACCGAGAAGUAAAUGCAUUUGUGGACUAUAUGUUUGGACCUCGAGAUUCCAGGGUUAGAGGAUGGUUCCUUCUGGACUCUUACCUUCCCACAUUUUUCCUAACUGGAGCAUACCUACUCUGCAUAUGGCUGGGCAACCAGUUCAUGAGGAACAGGCCUGCUUUCUCACUCAGGGCUCAUCUCAUUGUAUAUAACCUUGGGAUUACACUGCUCUCCUUGUAUAUGCUCAUAGAGCUCAUCCUUGCCACGUGGGAAGGAGGCUACAACUUACAGUGUCAGAACCUCCACAGCGCGGGGGAAGCUGACAUCCGGGUAGCCAAGGUGCUGUGGUGGUAUUAUUUUUCCAAAGUAAUUGAAUUCAUGGACACUAUCUUCUUUGUACUGAGAAAGAAAAGCAGCCAGAUCACCUUCCUUCACGUGUAUCACCAUGCCACUAUGUUUAACAUUUGGUGGUGUGUUCUGAAUUGGAUACCUUGUGGUCAAAGUUUCUUUGGACCUACUUUGAAUAGCUUUAUCCAUGUGCUCAUGUAUUCUUAUUACGGACUCUCAGUCAUCCCUUCCAUGCGCAAGUAUCUGUGGUGGAAGAAAUACCUCACUCAGGCACAACUGAUCCAGUUUCUGCUCACUAUUGUGCACACACUCAGUGCAGCUGUGAAGCCAUGUGGGUUUCCGUUUGGCUGCCUCAUGUUCCAGUCCUCCUACAUGGCCACAUUGGUUAUUCUCUUCAUAAACUUUUACAUUAAGACAUACCAGAAAACACCUUCAAGAACAGCUAUAAAGGAAACCCCUCUCACAACAGAGAUCAAGAACGGUUUCCAUAAGGACUACUUCGCUACUGCCAAUGGAUUCCUGAACAAUAAGAAAGCCCAAUAAGUAUAGUAACUCAAUACUACAGUGUAGUAUUUCCCCAUUUUUUUUCUAAAAAAAGGAAAAAAAAAAGACUGAAUUACAAGCUUUAGCUUAAAUCCUGUUUUGAUUACAUUUAUCUGUUCUUUGUACCAAACACUAAUGUACUGCUAUUUAGGUUUUAACAAAAGGAGUAGAUUUACUUGCCCUGUCAAAGAUCACCAUCAGAGCAAUAAGGCCAACAAAAAUAUCAUAUUUCUCAUAUGUAAAAGAAAAAAUCUUUUAUAUCUCUAAUGCUGACACAAAAAAGCCUUAUAGAUCCAUUGAAACCUUUAGAAGGUUUGGAUUCUCUUCAGACUAACAGGCUGAGCAUUUUCUCUGCAUGUGAGAAGUCUCAGGGCAAGGGUUUGCAACACCCAACAAACUCAGCUAAACUGCAAUCAAAGUCAAAAAAGAAGAAACAAAAGGGGGGGGGAAGAUAUGAGAACCAUACUGUUUCCAUCACCAUACCUCUCUCUGCUGCUUCCCAGGCUGUCCCCAAAGCACUUUGUCUCCCUUCUCCUACCCCUCCCUCAGACACCAGCUGGGUCCAGCCAUCCCUGUGUUCCUGCAGGCGCUCUGGGGAGGGAUGUAGCAGAGGGCAGAGCCCAGGCGCACAGUCACAGAGUUUGCAGACAGACAUGCACCAUCUUUGCGUAUUGAGAUUGACAUGCCACUGAGGUUGGUGGGAGCUUCCUACUUCAGGGGGCUGGGACUGGUAGCACCAGUGGACUGCAUGAUGGGGGAUUUAGAGUACACAAUAUUACACAACGAUACGGGUUUUCGAGCUCCAGUCAAAGGCAGGUCACUUUGGAUGUGCUAAGUUAAUAGGAGUUCUAACUAAACGGCUUUCGGAAGAAACAGGAGCUCAACUGCUUAAUGAAGAUAAACCCUUUGAUCAUAAAGGUGCACGAAGGAAAAUUAACCUUAUAGCAGCACUGCCAACUUGAAGCACGAAAUGCCAAAUAUUAGUACACUAGAAGAUGCAGGAAGUCUUAAAAGUGAAUUUAACAGUGAGCAAAGUAUACUAUAUAGCAACUUCCAUGCUAGGUGGACCUUAUUCAGACUGAUCUCUGGUAAGACUGGAGAAACAGAAGGGAUUUAUGUACAGUCUUCUAUAUGGAAAGCAGAGAGAUAUUUCCUCACUGCACCUGUAAAGGUGUGUCUCACACACAAAAGUCAAUCACUAUCUUUGCUGCUUCUGUUAGCUGCAUUUACCUUUCACUUAAACAAGCAGCAAAGCAGAAUUCCCUAGGAUAGCUUUAGGGAUCUGCCCCUUGCCCUUUUACUGUUCAGCCCCCUUCAAAGUCUCUACUAAAAGUGAGCAAAACAUUUCUUCCUCUCUCUUUUUUGCAACUGAAAUAGUUCUAGCCUCUUCCAAUCUCAAAUAUAUAUACAAACUCUCUUAACAAAAACACUUUCCAGAGUUGCCCCAGCCCAGCAAAUCUCACAAACCGAGGUGAUUCUGUAAGGGCACUGUGACCUUUCCCUCCUCGUCACCCUGUGGGGUACCGGGGCAGGAAGGGAAGGACACGCGUGCACAUAGCCAGCACUGGGGAACGAAGGAGCAGCGUAUAGCCAAUACGGAGAAGAAGCUGACCCAAGUCCUCUCUCCUCAAAUUCUCCUCUGCCUAGCAACUCAGGUGUCCCAUCUAGCUGAUCUUUUGUCAGGUGGUCUUGGAAGCAACAAGUGUAAGCAGUGCAGAUGCAGGGCAGUCAGCCUCACUAGGCACACCAAGUCACUGCAGCUCUUGGGGCCUGUGGGUAGCAAGGAAAGCAGCAGGCUGAGAAAGUGGUACAGUAUGGGGGAAGAGCAGAUGUUUCUGACCAGCAAAAACAAGAGGAGAAAGCGAUAAGGCAGAGGAAAGUGGCCAUAAGUCAGCACUUGUUUGGAAUUUGUGCUCUACAACCGUGGCUCUCCUCCAUUUUGAGCCAAUUCCAGUUACUGCGCAGUUACUAUGUGAACAAAGCUUUUCUGCUCCAGUAGAAAAUUGAAGUCUUCAUAUAAGCUGCAGCAUACACAAAAUGUUUAAGCAGCUGGGCUGUUAAACUAUGUCAUCAUAAAUUGGGUGACCAAAAUAACUGCAAUAUUCAAGCAUAGCAUGCCACAAACGUUCGUCUAGCUGCUGCAUUUUGCUCUCUCUCCAUGCAGCUGACCACAGUGAAAGUCAACAUUUUGCUUUCUUUUUAAAAAUUUGCUAAGGAGGGAAGACAGCAACCAAAAAACCACAGUAACAAAGCCUGGAUUCUGGGUGCUCCUGCUAGUCCUCACUGGUCCUUCCAGAAACCUUGUUUUGAAAGUCUUGCUGGUCAAUACUGCAAAACUCACAAAUUAUAAGCAAUCAGCAGGUUUUAGUGAAGGUGCUGCACAUGACCCUGAACAAAUGGGAGAGCUUCAGAGGCCCCUGUAGAUAUCAGUUCAGUAUGAGACACAACUGUAGAAGUGGUGAAGGCAGAGGGAAUCAAAACAACUGACAAGAUAGCAGGCAAGGCAGACAGUCAAACUAUUCCUCUAAAACAGACAAAAAAAAAAAAAAAAAAAAAAAGAUUGCAUAGCCAAGCACGGGUUUUAGUCUGAAAGGAGUCCAUAACCUUUUGAUGGCAAAGCAUCCAGUUGACUACCAAUUUGGACAACGUCAGCACGCUAAGCGUUAGAGUUUAUUAUGACACAGAAAUUGAUUGUCUUUUGUUUUGUUGAAACCUAAUUUAAAAAGGAAAAGUUUGCCUUACUUGAAGCUCAAAGGGCUGAAAACAAUUCAAGAUGCUCUCACCUUGCAGAUCCAGAUCACCAGGAAGGCUGGAAGCAGGUGUGUUUUAAACUCUUCAAAUCUAUCUUAACAUCUUAAAUGCUGCAACUUUGAAGAGAAAGAAGCAUUGACUUUUUAAACUGAUUUUCCUGUAAUACAUAACACUGUAAAUAAACAAUUUUACUA